UAGAAAUAAUUUGCUCCGUGGAGUGCAGACUGGGAUGAAAUCUCUAAUGGGAAAUCUCAGAAACAUGUUCGGAUCUGUCACUAAACGAAUGAUGAAUGUUCGUCCUUCAAUAAAUUCUCUUCUUUCCUCCAGUCCUAGUUUAGAACCUAUUCUUUCCAACCCCCUCCCCGCCUCCUCUCAUCCCACCGCCAACCCACACCCACCCGCCGUUCUUCAUACAGCUGUCCACGGCGGAGAUAGUGAGCGUUCAAUUGGAAUAGGAAUUAGAAAAUUAGAAACUGGACUGAUUCCUCCAAGAUACAAACAGAAAGAUAUUUCUCUGAAGGAGGAUUUCUUUUCCCAGGAAAUGUUAAAAAUGAGAAAAUUAUUUCCCAGUGAGAAAAAAAUUGACAGAUCUGGAGCUGAUUCCACGGGAACACGUAGAAACACUAGAAAGGAAAAAGUUUCUGAAAAUCGGAACUGGAGUUUCCGAGGGAAUAGAAGAAGUAAUGUUCCGAGUAAAAUUAUCCGAGGACUGCAGAGGAAAAAGGAAAUAGAUUCAAGGAGAAACCAUGGAGAGGAUAAAAAGAGAAGAGUAGAAGACACAGAGAAGAGUUGGGGAGGAAGAAUGGAUAUAGGAGAAAAUAGAAAACAAUGGACGGAUCUAUUAAUGUCUCCAACAAAUUAGAAAUAAGAAAAAAAAAUUCGAAAUUUACAUUUUUAAGGAAAAUAAUGUUUUCUUUGUGUAGUUAAAAAUCUUAGUAUAGACAAUUUUAUUUUUAUGAUUUUUAUUUAUUAUUUUAAUAAAAUAUUUUCAUAAGUAAAUCUAGCCUGCCAUUGUAUUUCAUAUUGUAAUGUAAAAAUUGCACUAAAUAUGGUUUUGUAAAAUCAGAC